UUAGUCGUUCAUGUUAGCUUCCGGGAUCGAAACGAAAGCACAGUCAUCGGAUGAUAUUCAUUUCACGUUGCAACAUCUGAGAGUGACACGAUACAAUGGAGUGGUUCCCUGGCUCCAUACCACAGGCCAUACAGACAGCCAAGCAAAACAACGGUCUCUUUGUGGUUUACGUACAAGGUAAAAAUGAAGAUACAGAAAAGAUGGCUGAUGUUUGGGAAGACAAAAAUGUGAUAUCUACUUGCAAAUCCAACAAAUGUACAGUCAUUAAGAUACAAGGAGACAGUGAAGAAGGAAAAUUCUUUGGAGAAAUCUACCCUAUAUUGUUUUUACCCUCUACCUACUUCAUCGGACUGAAUGGUGUGCCGUUGGAGGUUACAGGAGGCCAUGUUGAAGCAGAUACAUUUGUACAGAACAUCACCACAGCACAACAGAAACUACAAGAGCAGAUAAGUAAACAUAAUCCUGCUGCAUCAUCUUCUGCUGUCUCAGAGUCUGUAACAAUGGGAAGUUCGUCAAGUGCAGCAGCCAAAUCAGCAGAUAAACCACCACUGCAAGACAGAGUAGAAAUGGCCAAAGCAAAGAUGGAACAGAAGAGAAUUGAGAAACUACAGAAAGAAAAAGAGGAAACCAAGUUAAGAGAAGAUGAACGACGAAAACUGGGAAAAGAUGUACAUAAACUGAAACAGUACCAGGAAGACAGACAAAGAAAAGAGCUGGAGGAGGAAAUAAGAAAAGACAGAGAAGAAAAUAAGAAAAUGAGAGAGAAAAUAAAAGAACAAAUUGCUAGAGAUAGAGAAGAGAAGGCUCAGAUGUACAAGAGAAAGAAAGACGAGCAGGAUAUAGAUGCUGAAGAGAAGAAGAAAGCCAAGCUUCAAGCUAAACAAGAGGCAGCAGCUAUGGAUAAUGCCAGGCGAAGUGAGAAUGCUAGGUUACAAAUACGCCUACCCGAUGGGUCGUCCAUCUCCAAUAUGUUCAACUCGUCAGACACUCUGGAAGCCGUCCAUCAGUUCAUCACAGCUACAACCGGACAUCAGAUGUCCCUAUCCACAACCUUUCCUAAAAGGUCAUUCACAGACGAGGACCGAGCUGAAACGCUAAUGUCCCUUGGCCUAGCACCUACAGCAGUUAUUAUCGCUGUCAAUCAUAAGUCACGUUCAUCAGCCCCAUACGGAGGAGGAGGGGGAGCAGUAAGCGAGGGAGGCAUUGUGUCCAUGCUGUUAGCUCCUUUUCUGAUGAUCUGGAACUUUAUAUAUUCACUUAUAUUCGGAGGGUCAGAGUCAACACCACCUGCAGGUCAGGGAUCAACACGACAGCAGAGGGCAGAACCUCAACAACAGAGGCCUGGCUCGAGUUAUCAGAAAAGACAAGCUAAUAAAGAUGGAAAUAUCACACGAUUUAGAAAUAGUGAAGAUGAUGAUGAUGAUGAGAAUGCAACUUGGAAUGGAAAUUCAACACAGCAGAUGUAAUUUGAAUUGUCAUCAGUCCAUAUCUAGGAUUUCAUAAGUUGACACUUUGUUGCAUGGGGCACUGUUCCAAUUCCCAUUCCAUUUGGUAAAACAGUUUUCAUUCAAUUACCUAAAGAUUAUGCUACAUGUACCUACACAUGUAUCUCCAUUGGAAAAGAGUUCUAUGUAAAGAAAUCAGUUAAGUGUCUUCAUGAAUGGUAAUUUAAUUAUGAUUAAUUUAUUGAUUACACUGUGGUUAAUUUAUUGAAAACACACAUUAAAAGGUUAUACUCAAGAAUGCGUGCAUUGAUAACAUUCAAGUAAAUCUGAGCAGGUAAGGAACCUUAGGAAUUUCAAGGGCGAUAACUCCAAUAUAAAUCACAGGUAUGUUGUGUAACCUUAUCAUUGCUGAGAAAUCUGAUUGAUAGAUUGUUGUCAUAGACUUAUAUUGGAUUACUUUGAUAUCAAUGUGCAAUUAAAAUAACAUGUACUC